AUGUCUGCCUCCAACGAACAGGACAGCAGCCCAUCAUCCUUCUCACCCGGCCAGGACUCUACCAGCACUGCUGUACCCAUAUCCGUUUCCAUUGCCGCCGGUGCUCCUUCCACUCCAGCUCCAGCCCCUACCUCUUCUGCUGCUGUUAAGGCUGCCAUGCAGGCAAGGCGCAUGUCGCGCGGUCAAGGCGAGGGUCUGCGACCAGACUUCGUCUUUCCAAAACCACAGCACGUUCAAACGCCGCUUUCCCCACACGCUGUCAAUGGCCACAACCGACUGCAGAUCGAGUCCGACGUGCCCUUCAAGGGUCCAUCCUCAACGGUCUUCACCCUCUGCUCCCCCGACAGCGCCAACCACGACAGCAGCAUUAACAUCGGCAGCGUGAUAGGUAACACAGAUGGACAGAACAAGCGGCUGUCGGUUCCCCUUGCCAAUGGGUCGCUUGCGCCACCAAUAGCCCAGCAGCAGCAUCUCAAGACCCACUAUCGCACCCACAGCCGAAACGGGUCCACGGUCACCGUCCAGGAUCUGAAGCAGGCCAUUGCGGCAGUCUCGACGGAUCUACUGGACCUGCCGCCACUCACGGCCGUUUCCAGCAACAGCGCGAAUACGGAUACCUCUGCAAUAUCAACCGCGGAUACAACAGCAAGAUCUGAAUCGUCUACUGGAGUGACAUCCAAUGAGGCCACAUCAAUGGCCACUGUGCCAGAGGAACAUAGGGGCGAGAAAUCUCCUCGGCAGGGUCUUGUCCUCCAGCUGAACUCCUUAAAGGUGGACACCGCUAAUGCGCCUUUAACCCCGCUCCGGGAGUCCUGCGCUUCGCCUCUUCUCUCCCCUUCUGUUUCUACGCGAUCAAACUCGAUGUUGAACAGGUCUACCAGAGAUCGCUCAAAUGUCGCCGUGCCGCCGUUCUUUGCCUAUUCGAUCCCACAUGAACUCCCUUCGCCCUAUACCUCCCCCCGACUGUUACUCCCAGGUGCGGCUGGCCCCACCUCGUUACCAGCCUCGCCCUUUGCACGCAAGCGUAAACACGCCUACCGUCACACCCCGGUCCUUUAUCCUUCAUCUACCAUCACUGUCAAGUUACCUGGACAGGUUCAGAGCGCUGUUUAUGAUCAUCGACUCCCGGUUGGAAAUGUGGACGAUAUUCAGCUUUAUGAACACGAUCAGGACUCAGUCUCUGAAAUGACAAAGGAAUCUGCAGUUGAAGACACUACGGCAUCUGGGACGCGUACAUCUGUUGUCGACAAGCGCAUAUCCUGGGCUUCGAUGAUAACAAUGGACGAAGAUCAGGCCUCAAAGACACCUCCUGUUGUCGCCACACCCGCAGCAUCACAGCCAUAUCGACCCCCCAACAGGAGAGAUACAGUCGAUGUCAAGACAAGCAGCGGCGCCACUCCUACGAACGGUCAUCGUAAAUCCAUCGGUGCUGACAGCCCACGCCCUCAGCGUCGCCCUUCGCCAACCCAGGACAAGGAAAAUGCAGGAGUGUCACCCGCGUCUGAACCGUCUGAUUCCAAGAUCAUCUCACCAGUUCGCGCUCGAAAGGCUGUGCCACCUCCAUUGAACCUCACCGGAAACAACAACACGGAGGACAACAGCAAACCAGCUGCAGGAUCCCCUACGACACCAACAACGCCCAGCCGUCGCCGCCGAUCCAGAAGUCGAAAGAAUAACGUGGAUAAGAGUCUGGAUGGCACGCAGGCAGAGGAUGUGGACAAAGAUGAAACCGACCAGGCAGAGUCGGCUUCGCAGGGCGAUAAGCAGCAGCAGCAGGAAGGUACGGCCGAUAAAUCCAAGAAGACACGAACUCGGUCCCACUCGCGAUCCAGGUCUAGGUCGCGCAACCGUGCUCAUGCCGACAAUAGCUCGAGCCAAGGAUCCUCUAACGAGUCUGUCCCGCCUGUACCUCAGACGCCCUCUUGGGUGCCAACACACAACAUGACGUUUGCCAGCGCAGGACCUCCCUCCGCCACAGGUACUACUCCUGUAUCCUUGUCUGCGCCCGCACCUGUUGUCGUUCCUGCCAGUCCCGGGGCUUUUUCACACUCGAAUCCAGCAGAUCCUCCAGUGGACCCUGUUGCACCUUCUGUAUCCUCCGCACCCCGCAGUCCGCUUGGCAGCAGCGGCACCGAGUCUGAUUUGAAGCGUCGUGGUCCUCGUCCGGCCCGACUAUUGAGCACGCGUUCCACCAACAACUUACAGACAUUGAGCGAAAGUGGUCCGGCCAUGUUCUCACCCAGGAGUGCACGCGAUGGACCGUCAGACUAUUUCUCGAUGCGACCCCUCCAACACCCACCGCGCACCCCUAUGACUCCUGGCGGAGACUAUGGUGACGACGAGGACGAUUAUUAUGGACGCUUGCAGAUGGUGACAACACCGAUGAUCCAGAACGGAUUCUUCCCGAACUGGGCUAAAGGAGAUGCUCAGUUGGAGGAGCUGGAACGCAUUCGCCAGUUCUUGGCAGCGAGACAGUAUCCCGACGAGAUGCCGCUGUCCGAUGAAUGGACUCUGUUCUUUUCGGACACAUCUCGCGCAAAGGAUAAGUCUGGCGUGCAGGAUGCAUAUUCGAGCGCAAUCACACCGCUGUUCUCAUGUCAUACGGUGCCUCAGUUCGCAACUUCAUGGAAAUAUGUUCGUGAGCGUGUUCGGCCUGCGACUAUGAAGGUGAACCAAAAUCUGCACUGGUUCAAGAAGGGUAUCAAGCCGAUGUGGGAGGACCCCAAGAACAAGUACGGAGGUCGCUUGACACUCUGUCCACCACGUGCUCUGCUGGAUAUCGUCUGGGAGACGGUCUUGAUUCUUAUGGCAGGAGACGUUCUCGACCAUCACGGCGAAGGAACCGGUGCCGUAUUCGCGCGUCGUACAAGAGGAGAUCGCGUGGAAGUAUGGCUGGGCGCGGACGACACGCCCGAGGCACUUGCCCAUAUCCGUGGUGUGUUGUGCCAAGAGCUGGCCGCCAGUGGUGCGGAUGAACUCGUCAAGACUGCAAAGUACAAGAAGCAUUUCGACGGCCGGCGGGAAGAAAAACUGAAGCAGCAGCAAUUGGCCAAGGAAGCCGCCGCCGCCGCAGGAACAUCUGGAGCAAGCACGGCAUCAGCACCAAGCACACCCUCCAUAUCAUCAUCAGGCGCGAAUGGAUUCCAUGGGCUCUCGAGUCCAUUGUUGCCGAUGACACCCAAGCUGAGUGGAGCGAGUGGCAGUAGCAGUGGUAGUCAUCUGAGCGAGUUCCAGUCAUUUGAGGCAUUCACACAGCAUCAGCAACAGCAGCAAUUGCUUCGGGAGCGUGAGCGUGAAAGAGAGCGAGAGUCAUUGAAGGGGCAGGAGAGAAUUAUGCAGCUGGGCAAGGAGCGGUUGGAGAAGGAGAGGGCAGAGAAGGAUCGGCUUAGGGAUGAAAAGGUGCGUGCGAUGGCCGCAGCAGCGAUGGCUGCAUCUGAGGCUAAGCACCAGCAGCAGUUGAGGGAGCAACAAAAGUUACAGCAGCAAAAGCAGCAGCUAUAG